GCUGGGGUGGGCACGGCUGGUCCUCCCCGGCUCGGGCUCGGGGCUGCUCCGGCCGCGAUCCCCGCGUCCGACCCCACGCCCGGCUUGCGCCCCUGCGCCCGGGCUGCGUGGGGAGUCCCGGGGUCCCCUGCGCGGGCUGCCGGCUCCGACCUGACCCCGGGGAAGCCAGGGGUGGGGGGGUCGUGAUCGAACAGGUGUGGUGUCCACGCGGGGCCUAAGUGGGGGUGUGCGCCCGAGGUGUCCCCGCGGGGUCCCCACGCGGUCUCCAGCCGAGGGCUCCAGUGGGGGACGCCACGCGGGGUCCCACGGGUUGGCGGAAGGACCCUUGGCUUAGAGAUGAGAGCCCACCUGCCCGCGAGAAGUGUAACGCGUCCUUCUACACGCGUGGAAGGGGUUAUCAUUGGCAUUUGUGAGAAAAAGAACCAGGUGGAAAGGUGCAGAAAUACCCAAAGAAUCAUCUGCCUAAAACCACGCAGAGCAAACAUGAACGAUAUUUCCCAAAAGGCGGAGAUUCUGCUUUCUUCGUCUAAACCUGUCUCCAAGUCCUAUGUGCCCAAACUUGGCAAGGGUGAUGUAAAAGAUCAAUUUGAAGCCAUGCAGAGGGCCAGGGAAGAAAGGAACCAGAGGCGAUCUAGAGACGAAAAGCAAAGAAGAAAAGAACAGUACAUUAGAGAGAGAGAGUGGAACAGGAGAAAGCAGGAGAUUAAGGACCUGCUUGCUUCUGAGGAGGAGGAAGUAUCUUCCAAAGUCGAAAAGGCUUAUGUGCCCAAGCUGACAGGUACUGUGAAAGGCAAAUUUGCUGAAAUGGAGAAACAGAGGCAAGAAGAACAAAGGAAGAGGACAGAGGAGGAGCGGAGACGCAGAAUCGAGCAGGAUAUGUUAGAAAAGAGGAAAAUCCAGCGGGAGCUGGCCAAAAGGGCUGAGCAGAUUGAGGACACACACAGUUCGGCAACUGAAUCAGGAUCAGAGGAAGGAGAUGAGUCACUGCUCAUCACAGUGGUACCUGUCAAAUCAUACAAAACAUCUGGAAAAACGAGGAGGUUUGAGGAUCCAGAAAAAGCAGAGAAGGAAAGACUCACAUGUGACGAAGACACAGUAGGACACGAAGAACAGCGAUGCUCUCUCAAGGAAGCCAAGUGCCUCUCGUCGGUCAUGGAUGAUGAAAUGGAAAGCGAAACGAGGAAAGAAUCACGUUUUCCUGGAAAACUGAAGUUGACUUUCGAAGAACUGGAGCGACAAAGACAAGAAAACCGAAAGAAGCAAGCAGAAGAGGAAGCCAGACAGCGCUUAGAGGAAGAGAAACGAGCCUUCGAAGAAGCCAGGCGGCAGAUGGCAAAUGAAGAGGAGGACAACCAAGACCCCAAAAAAACGUUUCACGAGUACCGUCCCGGUAAACUCAAACUCAGUUUUGAGGAAAUGGAAAGACAGCGGAGAGAAGAGGAAAGAAGGAAAGCAGAAGAAGACGCCCGGAGGAGAAUAGAGGACGAAAAGAGGGCCUUUGCGGAAGCGAGGAGGAGCAUGGUAGCAGAUGAUGAUUCUCCAGAGCUAUAUGCAACAAUCUCUCAAGAAUCUCUUACACCGGGAAAACUGGAAAUUAAUUUUGAAGAAUUAUUAAAACAAAAAAUGGAAGAAGAAAAACGACGAACAGAAGAAGAAAGGAAGCAUAAGCUAGAAAAGGAAAAACAAGAAUUUGAACAACUGAGACAAGAAAUGGGAGAGGAAGAAGAAGAAAGUGAAACUUUUGAACUAAGCAGAGAAUAUGAAGAAUUAAUCAAAUUAAAAAGAAGUGGUUCUAUUCAAGCUAAAAACCUAAAAAGCAAGUUUGAGAAAAUCGGACAAUUGUCUGAAAGAGAAAUACAGAGAAAGAUAGAAGAGGAGAGAGCGAGAAGGAGAGCAACAGACCUUGAAAUUAAAGAGCGAGAAGCUGAGAACUUCCACGAGGAGGAAGACGUUGAUGUGAGGCCUGCAAAAAAAAGUGAGGCUCCAUUUACUCAUAAAGUGAAUAUGAAAGCUAGAUUUGAACGGAUGGCUAAGGCAAGAGAAGAGGAAGAGCAGAGGAGAAUCGAAGAACAGAAGUUACUGCGAAUGCAGUUUGAGCAAAAAGAAAUUGAUGCAGCAUUACAGAAGAAAAGAGAUGAAGAGGAUGAGGAUGAGGAGAGCAGCAUCAUCAACGGCUCUACUAUUGAAGACGAAGAGCAAGGCAGGUCAGGGGCUCCAUGGUUCAAGAAGCCUCUGAAAAACACAUCAGUCGUAGACAGUGAGCCCAUCCGAUUAACUGUAAAAGUAAUGGGAGACCCCAAGCCAGAAAUUACCUGGUUGUUAGAGGGAGAGCUACUACAGGACGGAGAAGACUAUCAGUAUAUUGAACGAGGAGAAACUUACUGCCUCUACUUACCGGAAACUUUCCCAGAAGACGGAGGAGAGUACAUGUGUAAAGCAGUCAAUAAUAAAGGCUCUGCAGCUAGCACCUGUAUCCUUACCAUUGAAACUGACGACUACUAGGCUUUCUCUUUCCUCUGGAACGGUCUUUCUCCCCCCAACUUUCUUACUACAUCCAUCUUUUCUGUGGCUGGGCCAAAAAUAGAAACCAGAAUCGCCACUAGCUUGAUCUAAUUCCUUUUCCUAAGUUUUCACACCAGAAGCUCAUCUAAAGAACACCUUUUCCAAGUGAGCAGAUCUGUCACCGUAUUCUGCAGAAGUCAAUAAAGUGCAUCUAAGGGAGAUGGGAAAUUUAUCCCAUUAUUUGACAAACUAAUAAAAAGUGUACUUUCCAAUUUUAUAUCAAUUAUAUUUUUUAACGUAUACAUUACUUUGCAUGAAAGAAUGUCAUUUAUGAACUUCUACAGCUAAACUAUGAACUAGCUAAGGUAAUGAAAUUGGAAGCUACAGAUGAGUGGACUUUUUCACAGUAGUACAUAAUUUGACUGUGGUACCUUCAGUUCAGUUCUGAAGCAGGUAUGUUAAGGGGGGAAAAGUAUCAUUCUUUUCAGGGGAAAUGUAACAGAAACAGCAGGAUGUUUAAGAAACUGUCACACAAAAUUUGAUAGAAACCAGUGUUCUGAAUAUUUAAUAUAUACUAUUCAAAUGUGUAAUACACAGACUUAAGACAAAAUACUUGUGAUCUUGUUUGAAAAAAAUAUAUUUUAAUGAGAAAAUUUUGUAUUGAUAGUUCAUGUAGGAUAAAAGAUUUUUUAGUAUCACUGAAGGUUUUAAGAUCUAAGAGGAUUAGACUUAGUCAUGCAGCCUUCAAUUUAAAAUCUUCAGUCUUCAAAAUAAAUUUGUAAAUAACCAGCUAUCCUCUGAGUUGUUUUAUAUUUUAAUUUUCUGAAAGACAAUUUUAUUUUAGUGUGAAGCCAUAAUAAAGCAACUUGUGUACUAAAGGGGAGAAAAUGGAUCUUUUCUCAAAGCGUUGUGUGAUCAAAUGCUUAUUGGUAAUGUAUGUACACCUUUAAGGGCAAAUAUAAGGCAAAACAAACCUUUUACUACAUGUAUCAAAGACACAAAGUACUCAUAUAAUAUUUGUCAAUGUACAUUUAUUUUUUUAUUGAGACCAUAACGAAUACAAAAUUACAGCAAUCAUGUGCCCCUUACAUACAAUGUCAUUAAAGUAAACUCUAAGCCACAGUUGUAAAGUAUUCAAUUUACCUCAAGUCCAAGCUGCAUCUCCCUAAGACACUGUUCCCAUCACAGUAGCCAUUUUAAGCCAAUCUUCUUUUUACACACGGGUAGUUUCUGUAGAGAACACUUUUCUCAGGACGAAAAUGCAUUGAGCAUGCAUAAGAAAAGAAUAUAUAUAUAUUCUCAAAUACAUUUAAUAGUUUCUUUAGGGAUAUUACCAAAGAAAUAAAACCCUGGGAUUUGCUUUGUAAAAGCACCAAUUAAAAAAAUCCCUCAAAAGUUUAUGUUGUGGUAAGAAGUGACUGAUAAAUAAAAAGUAAGGUUAUUUUCAGAGUCAAAAUUAUCUUCAGGUAUUGUUAAAUGCAUUUUAAAAUGAGGCAGCAUUUGAGACAAGAGAACAAAAAUAAGACAUCCUCACUGAUGACUGAAUUCUGUAUUACUCUAGAGAUAACUUUCCAGACAGAAUUAGUUCUACUGGCAGAAUAGUCAAACAAAUAAAAUAUUACCACUUUUUAAUAUACUACUUCCUUCUCAAGGUACUCUACUUCUACUCCAAUUCACCCUUAUUAACUACCAAGAUGUUUAAGGAUGUAUUUUACAGUGCUAAUGAACAACUAGCAUCAGAAUCUCUAGUUUUAACAUUAAAACCAUUUUCAUCAAUUAAAAAAAGGUACUUCCUCAUUUCUGAAACAAAACACAGAAGUAUAUCACCACACUAAGAUGUCUUUUAAAAAGUUUUCAAAUUUUUGCUUAAGUGCUAAAUCAAAUAAAUCAAUUUAAUUUCAAUCUAAACUAAACAUUUCUUUUUUUAACCACUCCUAAAUAUACACUGCAUUCAAGUUAACUGGCUCACCUUUUCGGCUUUCCAUGCCAUGUAUUUCAAAGUUAAGAUUAGUGCCAUUAAA